AUGGCACUGCAGAGUCCUCGGCCGAAGGCGCUCUUCUUCGAUGUCUUUGGAACUUGCGUCGAUUGGCGAACGACGGUAACGGAUGCGCUUUGGAGCGCAGCGAGGGAAGCACUCAGCUCGCCGGCUGCUUCGCUGUCGAGUCGGAUACGCAUUAAAGCGUCAGACAUGGUGAGAGUAUACCGUAUCACGGCUUCGACGUUGCCUCUGAUACCCAGCAGACAUACGAGCAAUGGGGAGAAGUGGCUCAAGAAUGGCGCAACACCUAUCUCCAAUUCACGCGAGCAAUCGCGCGAGAUCCCAGCAUUCCAUACAAGACCGUCGACCAGCACCAUCUGGACGCUCUGCGCGACAUACUGGCCCAGCGAGAACUCAUCUUCCCCCGACAGGGCGACGUCCCGGAUCCUCUGGUCCACGACGGGUCGCUCUGGGACGAGCAGCAGAUCCUCACCCUCAGUCUGGUCUGGCACUACCUCGCCCCGUGGCCCGAGACCAACCGCGGUCUGGCCCUGCUCAACACGAAAUUCGCCACCUGCACCCUCAGCAACGGCAACGUCGCCCUGCUCACGGACAUGGUCGCGCACGGCCAGAUGCCCUUCACGCACGUCUACUCGGCGGAAAUGUUCCAGUCCUACAAGCCGAGUCCGAAGGUCUACCGGGGCGCGGCGGAGCGCAUGGGCCUGCAGCCGGCGGAGUGCGUGAUGGUGGCGGCGCACCUGGACGAUCUGAAGCAUGCGAAGCUGAACGGGCUGCGGACGGUCUACGUGGAGCGGCCGCGGGAGGAAAGGGUUCCCGAGUUGAAGGCUGAGGGCGUCGCGGACGUCUGGGUGGGGAUGGAUGAGGAGGGCUUCGUCACGGCUGCGCGGAGGUUGGGGAUUGAGGUCGAUUCAUAA